GAUGAAAAGUCCCUUCCUCCUCACUUUAAUUUAACUUUAACACCGACACACACACACACACCUAAAAACACGUUCUGCACCUGAAACCAGCGAUACCUGGGAAGCUCUAACGUCCGACGGUGGUUUAUUGAGUCGGUCCGGCAGCAACACGAAGUUUAUGGAUAAACUGAAGAGCGUUUUGAGCGGGCAGGAUGACGGGAACGCGGACGGGAGCGGCAUUCUGGAGAGAGCAAACCAGGCGUCGACUYUGGCCUGGGGGACGAGGAUGAAGGGCUUCCUGAUAUGCUUCAUUUUGGGUGCCUUCCUCUCCAUCCUGGGUAGCUGCUUGUUAUGGAUCCCAGGUUUUGGACUUCCGGUCUUUGCUGUCCUCUACAGUUUUGGAAACGUCUGUGCUCUGGCCAGCACCAUGUUCCUGAUGGGUCCGCUCCGCCAGCUGAAGACCAUGUGUGCUAAAGAGAGAGCCAUCGCCACCGCCGUCAUGCUGACCUGUCUGGUUCUGACGCUGUGCGCUGCUUUCUGGUGGAAGAAUAAAGGCCUGGCUUUGCUCUUCUGCGUCCUUCAGUUUCUGGCUUUUACCUGGUAUAGUCUUUCCUACAUCCCAUUUGCCAGGGACGCUGUCAUCAAAUUAUUUUCACUCUGCAUGAAUUGACUUCAGUCAUUGGACCAAUCAGGACGCAGGACGCUUUGGUCUGUAUCCAAUCCGGACUGUUUAGUUGUAGUUUUAAUUUUCUAAAAUAACUGGUGUUUUGAAUUCUUUGUUUUCUACCAAAGGAGUCUUUAUUUGGUGCCUAAUUAUACAUUUAAAACAUGUU